AUGGCAACCUUAAGAUUCAAUAACUUUUCUUUGCUUUUGGUGUUAUUUGCAAGCCUUGUUGUUGCAACAAGCUGUGGUGGUCAGUCUCGUAAUGCCUUAUUUAUUUUUGGUGGUUCAUGGAAUGAUGUUGGAAAUAAUAACUAUAUGGAAACUCCAUUCAAAACUAACUUCUUGCCAUACGGGGAAGCCUUCUUUAAGAAUGCAACACGAAGGGCUUCUGAUGGUCGAUUGUUUCCAGAUUUUAUUGGAAAUGAACUGUUGGAAUAUGUUUUUUUAUUAACCGCCGCGUUUGCCAAGUUACCAUUAAUUCCACCAUAUCCAAGUCCAGAUAAGAGUGAUUUUAGAAAUGGAGUGAACUUCGCAUCAGCAGGGGCUGGUGUUCUCACUCAUACUCGUGUAGGAAUGGUAUACGAUAGACCUUACAACUCAACUAAGCCAUUUCGAGUUUCUGGAAAAGUACCUAAGACAGAAAUUUGUGAUGCAAAAACGAAGAUGUUGUUGUCUAAAACUGUUUACAUGUUUAGCAUUGGAAGCGCUGAUUACAUAACGUUUGCCACUCACAACCCCACCGUUCUCCCAUCCUACAAAAGGGAAGAGUAUGUCAAGAUGGUUAUUGGCAACCUCACAACUGAAAUUCAUAACUUGGGAGGGAGGAAAUUUGGAUUUUCAAAUUUAGGUGAUUUGGGUUGUUCUCCUUUUCUGAGAGGAAUUAAAGAGGCCAAAAAGAAUGGAUCAGUAGGAUGCAUGGAUGAAGUUACGGUGCUUGCAAAACUCCAUAAUCAAGCACUAAAUAAAGCCCUAAAAAAACUUGAGAAAAAGCUUCAAGGAUUUAACUAUUCAGUUUUUGAUUUCUAUGCUGCUACAAAUGAAAGAGUUAAUCACCCAUCAAAAUAUGUUGGAUCUAAAAAUGGGUUUGAUCUAAUCAAUAUUGACUAA